CGCCUUGUCUUGCCACGUCAAUCAUGAAGGAGGGAAGAGGCAACGCAUGCGCUAUUACCCCCUUUCCGUUACCUCAGCGCGCUGAGACGGCCACGGGGCGGAGGAAAUGGACGAAGCGUCUGGGGUGCUGGUCGCCGUGUCCCUUUUGCUCGGAGCGCUCGUUCUCGUGUUGCUGUUGAGACGGAAGACGCCGAGCGGAAAGGAGCCGCAGUCGUCAGAGAAGGAGGCCAACAGGCCGGCGGACGAUCACAAUGUGAACGGUGAAACAACUGGCAAAACUUCCAUCCAGAAGAAACAGAAGCCGCACCAGCGAAGUCGAAAAGAGAAGCCUCAGCAGCACAAUUUCACACACCCGCUCGUGGCUGCAGCCCUCAAGGGUCACAGUGGGAGUAUAAGCUGCUUGGACUUCAGCAGCAAUGGCAAGUACUUGGCAUCCUGCUCUGAUGACCGCACAGUUCGCAUCUGGAGCACCAAGGAUUUCUUGGAGCGGGAGCACCGCUGCCUGCGGGCCAACGUGGAAUUGGAUCAUGCUACCUUGGUCUGCUUCUACCCAGACUCCAGAGCCUUCAUUGUCUGGCUGGCUAACGGUGACACCAUCAGAGUCUUUAAUAUGACCAAGAAAGAAGAUGGUAGCUUUGCUUAUGUCGCCACCCCGGAAGACUUCCCCAAACAGCACAAAGCCCCUGUCAUCAGCAUUGGAGUUGCUGACACAGGGAAGUUCAUCAUGACAGCAUCCAGUGACACCACCAUCCUCAUCUGGGACCUGAAGGGGGAAGUCCUGGCCAGCAUCAACACAAACCAGAUGAACAAUGCCUUUGCAGCUGUGUCGCCGUGUGGGAGGUUUGUCGCAUCCUGCGGCUUCACUCCGGAUGUGAAGGUGUGGGAGGUGUGUUUCAGUAAGAGCGGAGACUUCCGGGAGGUGGCUAGGGCCUUCGAGCUGAAAGGCCACACAGCAGGCGUGUAUUCCUUCUCUUUCUCCAAUGACUCCAGGCGGAUGGCGACAGUCUCAAAGGAUGGCACGUGGAAACUGUGGGACACAGAUGUUGAAUACAAGAAACAGCAGGAUCCCUACUUGCUGCUGACGGGUAAAUGUGAGGUGGCAGAACCCUGCCGCAUCGCUCUGUCCCCCGAUGCCCGAGUGCUAGCCAUCUCCUGCAGCACCAGCAUCUUUGUAUACAACACCAGGGAAGGCAAGGAGGAAGAGCGCUUUGAGAAUGUCCACGGGGAGCACAUCACAGACUUGGCCUUCGACGUGAACAGCCGCUUCCUGGUCUCCUCUGGGGACCGGGCCAUCCGGGUCUUCCACAACACAGCCGGCUACCGGGCAGUGGUGGAAGAAAUGAAGGUUCUGCUGAAGAAGGCCACCAAUGAGUCCACUAGGCAGAGACUGCAGCAGCAGAUCACAAAUGCCCAGAACUCACUGGAGAGUAUCUACGGCAAGGGGAAGUGACCCUUUUCCAUGUACAGUGCUCCCAUGCAGAUUUAGGGUCAGGAUUUUAAGACGGGAUACGUGCUAAUAAAAGAAUUU